AUGGCGUCUCUCAUUCCCUUCACCCCUGUCACAGUGGAUCCCAUGCUGCCGACCAACCCCGUCAGUAAUACCUCUACGUCCGGGCCAUCACCGUCGUGCCCAGUGUCACCGGAGCCCGCCGCCCAAGGAGGCUCUUUCAUACACGAGCUCAUUGGUCUCUCACCCACCGGCUUCCGCGAGACUGUCCGAAACUCAUUCUCUUCUUUGGCUAGGCGGGAAGACCAUGAUUACACGACGGCUUCCUCACCACAGCCCGGCGCCGACGUGGUUACAAACCUGAAAAGCGGCAACCCCCAUACGACUCAUACUCGGUUACCACUACCGCCACCGCCGCCCCCCGAGCCGUGCCCCCGCCAUCUUCUCACCUUACCACCCGAGAUAUGGCUCUUGAUCCUGCAGCGUCUGGCGUUUGCCGACAUGGUGCGUCUGCGCAAGACGUGCAAGCGGCUCCGCGCGUUGAUCGACCCCAAGCAGAUCCGCACCCUCUACGGCCCGGCUCAGUUGUAUACUCAGCUCCUCAGUCACUGCAAGGCGUGCCUGCUGUACGACCCCUUUCGUUCCCACCUACUGCGGUCGGUCCGGACGGACCCGGGGUAUCCGCUGGCCAGCUGUUGCCUUAGCUGCGCUAUCAAGGCCCGGGAUCCCCGCAUCCGCGUAGGCAAAAAGCUCGAUCUGGCCAAUUUCGACACUGUCUGGGUGUGCCGCUGGUGCGGCUUCCCCAUCACCGACGGGGGCGCCUUUGGAUGCGAGCAAAUGCAUCGAUUCUGCUACAAGCGGUACAACGAUGUCCUCUUCGCCUUCUUUUCCGCCGGCUGGAUUCAGCUUGGAUUGGGAAUCGUUGCUGCUGCUCUUGCGUGGAGGUAUUACCGGUACGCGAUAUUGGUGUUUGCGCCCACCGUGGUUUUAUCACUUGCUCUCGCAACACGUGGAAAACGUAUCAUUGGAUCUUGGCCCUAG